ACACAACUCCGAAAAUAUACGGAUAUGCUCGGGUGUUUUCCUUUAAAAAUAAAUAACAAGGCAUGGCAGGCUUAGAGUUACUUUCUGAACAAGGUUUUAGAAUUGAUGGCAGAAAACCGUCGGAACUCAGACGAAUUCGAUGUAAACUUGGUGUAUUUAACCAGGCCGAUGGAUCAGCAUACAUCGAACAAGGCAACACCAAAGUACUAGCGGCUGUCUAUGGUCCACAUGAGAUACGUGGAAGCCGUUCAAAAAUCUUACAUGACAGAGUUCUAGUCAACUGCCAGUACAGCAUGGCAACGUUCAGUACAGGAGAGAGAAAAAGAAGGCCCAGGGGUGACAGAAAAUCAAAGGAAAUGACCAUGCACCUUCAACAGACGUUUAACGCAGCCAUUCUAACAAAUCUUCACCCCCGAUCACAAAUAGACAUUUUUGUUGAGGUGUUACAGUCAGAUGGAGGUAAUUACUGUGCAAGUGUGAACGCAGCAACCCUUGCUCUGAUUGAUGCAGGUAUUCCAAUGAAGGACUAUGUGUGUGCCUGUGCAGCAAGCUACGUUAGUGACACACCUAUAGUUGACAUAAACUACUUGGAAGAAUCCUCAGGCGGUGCUGAAUUGAUAGUUGCCACGCUACCAAAGUCGGAACAAAUCGUGUUCCUCGAACAGAACUCGCGACUUCACGAGGACAAUCUGGGCCCAGUAUUGGAUCUGGCGGUGAAGGGUUGUAAGGACAUACAUGCAGUGUUAGACCAGGCUGUCAAAGACCAUGUGGCAGAGGCCACCGCUGGCUCUAGUAUUGAGUGAAAAGACAACUCAUGAGUGUGGUCACAUAUUAUGUCCAAGUAAGCUGUUCAUCAGAUUAGCCUUGCUGUGGGAUUACUGGGCUUAGUUUAACACAAGUGCAAUCAGGGACGACACUUUCCACCGUAAGUGGAAUUUUCGCAAAGAAGAGACUUCUUUUAACUGAAAAAAACAACAUAAAGAUAUUGUUUAAUUGUGAAAAAUUGACCAAAAGUCACCUUCUGUCAUAACUGACAAUUGGACAUCAAGAAUUACAAACUUCGAAUUUGGGGUCAUAUUUGUGAUACUUUUAGCUGUUUUUGACAUACUUGGGUGGAUUUUCAUCAAAUAAAUGGUUUUUAAUCAUAGAUGAACGCUUCCUACUGGCAACCACAAUGACAUAUGUGUGCAGUGUUUGAUCUUUCAUGCUGUUGCGUAGUGUUAUUCAAUACACCUGUGAAAUCAUCGUUGGAUACCUUUUACUAUAUAUAUGUUAUAUAAGGACCAAAAUAAAAAAUUUAAGGAUU